AUGCCAGUUCGGGACCGGAGUCCAGACGUCGACGAUUUCCUUGUGAAAAACAAGGGUAUCUUGUUGAACCUCAUCGAGAAGGCAUUGACAAAGAAAAUGGCAGCGGGAAAUGAGGUCGAAUCGUCGCCGCGAAGCACGCGCAGCCGGUCCCAGUCUGUUCCGAGAAAGCGUGAGAAGAGUGCGAGGAUCUCGGAACGAUCCCCAUCCAGAAGUCCGCCUCGUAGGAGGAAGGACCGAAGACGGUCGCGCACGAGGAGCCGCACCAGGUCGAGAAGCCGUACCUACUCGCCUCUUCCGCGCGGGCGUGGAGAACGUGAAUAUUACAGCGGCCGGGAUUAUGGACGUCAGCGAUACAGAGACGGCCGCGAUCGCCCGGAGCCCAAUCGAUGCAUCGGAAUUUUUGGAAUGAGCUUGAACACUAAUGAGAGGGACUUGGAGAACAUCUUUUCGGAGUUUGGCACCAUUGAUCAGGUGCUCAUUGUCAAAAACAGAGACACCGGCCGUUCCCGCGGGUUUGGAUUCAUUUAUUUUACCAGGACCAAGUAUGCGAUGAAGGCUAGAGAUGAAAUGGCUGAUGCCACAAUUGACGGCAUGAAAGUUCGGGUGGAUUUUUCUGUAACUGAAAAGAAUGGCGGAGGUGGAGGAGGGAGGAGAUAC